ACAAAAAGAGAAAUGAAAUAAAUAGUGAAACGAAAUUAAGGGCCAAGCAACAUAAUGAAUGAACCAAACAAACGAACUGCGUAAAGAAAAGGAGGAAGAAAAUGAAAUGGUCAUUAGACUAGUUUUUUGAAAUUGUAAUUAGGUUUGAUGGGGAGCAACUGUGAUGGCGAUGAGGUUUACAAUCAUGCAUACAUACAAAAAACGAAUAUUUGUAUGUACGUAUGUAAAUAUGGCAUUUAUACAAAUGUUUAGUACAAGCAUACUACUUGUCUAUGCAUUAAACUACGUAUGUACAUAUGUACAUAUAUGCGAAAUAAAGCUUAGUGCAGUAGCAGCCCCCAUCUUGUUUCUGGUUAAACUGCGGAGACAACAGCAGCCGCUGACAAGUGUAGCAACUGACGAAAGUAUCGUCGGUGGCAUCUCGCGCCCGGGUUGUCUGAUGCAGAGAGCGCAUCUGCAUCUUCUUCGCUUGUCGGUUUAGUAUACUUGAAUAUCCGCUUUAGUAUAAGUUGUUCACUGCUCCAUGAUGCCAGCUAACCAAAGUGUGCCUUUGCUUACCUUGGCGUACAUCGCGUUGUGUUAAAACUAAUGCAGAGUGUGCCAAUUUCUAAAGCAGAUUGUUUACAAAAUUAAAUCAGCCAAACGUUUCGGCUGCAUAGAAUGUAUUCAAUACAACCACAGUGCUGCAGAGUACAUACAUAUGUACCAUAUAUACAUAUGCAUAUCAUAGCUUUGGUGAAUUAAACUGGUCGAUUUUAAUAAAGCCAUCGCUGUACUGUUCGGGAUCGUGAUAGCGGAGGUUCUUCGAGAAUUCCAUUCUUCCUUUAUGAGACCCAUGUGAAAUGCCUUAUGAAAAAUUCAACAAAAAGCGUCGACAAUGGGAGGAUAAUGGUGUUUUAGAAUUAAUCAAGCUGUGGAAAGUCUGCGCCUAUGAGUUGCGCACCAUAAAACGCAAUGGCCAUUUGUAUGUGGCUAUGGCAAAGCAGUUAACUGCUUUGGGUGUACCUGUGACAGCGCUAGAAGUACAUUUUAAAGUAAAUAACUUAACCCAACGCUACAGACAAGAACAGAAAACCUUCGAAACAACCGGUAUUAUAAGCACGUGGAAAUUCUAUUCACAAGUGGAUGAUGUUUUUAAAAGUUUGGCUGGUCAAGCUGGGUAUAAAGAUAAACGAAUUAUGACGCCUGCUUCAAAUCCGAGUACUCUACCAUCCGCAUCGGAAUCCCCAGUGUGGAAAAAUCAAAUGACUCAACAAGAAUUUAAUAGUAAUAAUUCCGAAGGAUUUUAUAAAUCUGAAUAUGGCAUGCACCGACAGUUUAUAGAUCACACCCAACCGCCACCCAAUCAAAACAACGAUGUGAACUUUAUGGCCUCCACAGCCGCUGCGGCGGCUGUUGCUGCAGCUUCAGCGCAACUUAAUACAGCACCUAAUAACACAAAUGGUGUUUUACCUAACUACAAUAAUAACAAUAAUAACAACAACAUCAAAAUUAAAAAACCGUCUGAAGAAUAUGAUAAAUUUGUGGACAUUGUCAAAAAUAUUGUCGAUAAUCACAAGGCCACUCCGGAUAAAGUUGAUACAUUUGGAGACUUUAUUAAAUCGUACAUGAGACGUUGGCCAGACCGGUUGCAGGAUGAAGCCAUAAAUCACAUAACUAAUUAUGUUAUUGUUAAAAACAUGGAGAAUUCGAUGAAUAAUGGCGGGGAUAGUGUAAACAAUAGACAAUAAUACAAGGCAGCUUAGAAUUUAGGUUGAAUUAUAUACUGAUUGAUCUAUCAGAAUGUUAUGUGCAUGUGUAGCCUUAGUUUUGGUUUUAAGUACAUCUAAAAACGUUACUUAAUUUAGGGUUCAUAUUUCUUCUUGAUUUAUACAUAUUUCUUUCUUGGUUUAUAGAUUUAAAAUUCUUUUAUUGGAUAGUAGGAAAACUAUAUAUAAAAUAUUGCGAUUUAAUGCAUUCAAAAUGUACUAUCAAUUUCUUCGUAAGCUUGAUUCACUUAUGUUUUUAAUAUCUUCUUACAUUAUUUUCUUAUACGUAUUUAAGAAAAAUAUUUAACGUUAAUAGAUUUUAUUGGAAUACUGGAGUGUUUUUAACUAUUAUAACCUAAGUUUAAAUGAAUGUGUUAAUUUUAAAUUGAUAUGGAAAUAAAAAAUCUACCCAUAAAGGUUUUAUU